UCACAAAGAUCUUAUUUUUUCUUCCAUCAUUUACAAAACAGACCACAGAUUCCCGUGACACUUUAAUCUCUCCACAUAAAAUAAAAUAAAAACAUCUCAACUUUGCAAUUUGCAAUCUCUCUCUCUCUUUCUCUCUCUCUCUCUCUGUAGCAGGUUUCUGUUUUCCUUUCCCAGCUAUAGAAGUAAGUAAUAAUCUGCCAAACAAAACCUCUGCUACACUCUAGCACCCUACCCUCUCAUUUUCAGCUACUAAAUACUAAUAAUAGUGCUACUCUACUACUACAUUUGUUGUUGGAUAAAUAAGCCAUAACACAAAGUGUGUUCAAAAUGCCAACUUCAUCUUCAUUUUUCAGACAGUUAAGUUCAAAGGAAGCUUGGAAAUCAACUUCAAACAGAUACAACAACAAUAGUUUUGCUGUUUCCCGUGACUCAAAUCUGAAUCAAAUGGAAGGUUUUAACAUAAACAUGUAUGGUAAUGAAGAGAGUUGUGGAAUGAUGGUUAGGAAAAGAGUGAUGGUUGUUGUUGAUGAAACUUCACAUUCUAAGCAUGCUAUGUUGUGGGCACUUACACAUGUUGUUAAUAAGGGUGAUUUGUUUACUUUGCUUCACAUUGUUUCCCAACAACAGGGUUCUGAAUCUUCUUCUUCCUCUUAUCUUGUUAACUAUCUUGGCUCCCUUUGCAAAGAUUGCAAACCAGAGGUGGAAGUGGAAGCACUUGUGAUUCAAGGACCAAAACUGGUCACAGUGAUGAGUCAGGUAAAGAAGUUGGAGGUCUCUGUCUUGGUACUUGGCCAAAAGAAGCCAUCUUCUCUCUUAAGCUUUUUCUGUGGAAGCAGCAGUAGCUGCAGCAGCACAGAAGAGUUUGUGCAGUAUUGUAUCAAUAAUGUAGAAUGCUUGACAAUUGGAGUAAGGAAGAGAAGCCAAGGAAAUAAUGGCUACCUUAUCAGCACCAGGUGGCAGAAGAACUUCUGGCUUUUGGCUUAGAUUGUAGUUUAGUUCCUGCUAGUUUAAUUAGAUCUCAUAAGGGGGGUAAUUGGGGAAAUAAAUUAACCUUAAUAUUUGUAUUGUCAUCUAUAAUCUAUCACCAUGUAACUAGUUCUAACUAUAUAUCGUACUUUUACUAAUGUAAUAAGUCUUGUCAUUUUAAGGCACCAUGGUAAUUGGUACCUAACUACAUGUUUGAGAAUCACCUACUUGCAGGACUUAUUUUCAUUCA